AUGGCUGGCAUCGCUACUAGAUAUAUAACAGAAAACGAGCUCAAUACCGAGAUGAGUAUCGAAGAGCUAAGUAAGCACGCACCGGCGUUGGAUAUUCUUUUAACGGACAAAGUUAAGAGGGAUCAGGCACGACGACGUCUCAAAAAAGGAUACAACUUUAGCGAAGAACAGGUAUUUACAUUAAUUCCUAAGCUAACAGCUGGUCGGAAAAAAGGAGGAGCCUUACCCAAUGCUCCUGAUACUCCCGAUAUCACCCAAGAAGUAGAACCGGACACAGUGAAUACAUGUCAAAUUUCACCGAAAGAGACUAUUAGAGAUUUGGCCCAGCGUAUCAUUCGGGAUAAUCUUAGUGAAGUAGAAGUUAAAGAGCGUAGUAAACAAUGUGAAGAUGAAGGGAUCGAUUUUCCGGACCACUUCUCGUUAGAAUCAGUUAAGGAGAGAUUGGAUAUAUAUGAUGUAUCCAGAGCCCCUGGCUUACAAGCCCUUGCCGAUGUAACGAUAAUGCUCUGCAUCCGUCCUGCUGAAAUAAAAACCUUGCGUAUAUCUAAUGGAGGUGUAACUGGAUAUGCAAAAAAUCGAGGACAACAAGACAUUCCUCGAGUAUUUAGAUCACUAGAGAAGAACGAGGAGCGAGCUAGAGAAUUGCUUUUCCUUCCUGAAACCGGCAAACCACUACUUCCUAGUUCUUUGCGUAAAUUAGAGGCAGUAUUUGCAGUUGUAUCUCAUGGUGCAAAGAAUUUAUCAGAAGCUAUGACUAUUGCCAGUGAAGGAUUAAGACAUUCGCCAGAUAACCAUGCCUCCCCAGCAAAAAACUAUACAAUAGUGAAUUAUCGAAAAAGAGGACAACCUUAUGAUCAGGCGAAGGCAAUCAAGAUCUUUGAUGAAAACUAA